GUUUACAAAUCCCAAAGCAAAAUGAUUGAAAUGCAACUGCAAUAGUUAAAUGUAAUGGAAAUUGCGUUUUAGUCAGUUUUGUUAUAUGUAUUAUUAAGUACUAUGAAUCGUGAAAAACAAAAUUUGGAUACAAAACGCUCUGUAAUUAAAGGUAAAAAUUGCCCUUCCACUGGUUCAUCAGAUUAUACUUCUUGCUCUGAUAAUCCUAUUGAAAAUGUGAGCUUAAAGAAAGAAAACUUAAAUGAUUCAUUGCAGUCUGUAAUAUUAGCAGGCCAAAUACAAUCGUGUUAUCAAAAAGAAACGACAUUAGAAGAAUCAGUAGUUUUGAAUGUACCAAAUAAUCACAUAAGUAUUGAUAGUAAUUUUUCAGUAAAUGUUUUAGAUCAAAAUUUAGAUGUUUUUAUGGAUAACAGCGAUGUUUUUAUGGAUUGUACCGAUGUAUGUCCAAUUGAUUCAAACGACAAUGAUAGCACUAAAUACUUACAAUUUGAAUCAGCAUCAAAAUUAUCAAAGACCAAGUCAAACAAUUCAUUUUAUAGUAAUUAUUUAAAUACAAAUAAAUUAAAUGAUACUAUUGAAAUACAUGAAUCUAAUGAUUCAUUAUUAUUUCCAAUAAAACCACAUAAUGAAAACGAUCGACUUAUAACUAUUAUAGAAGAAUCGGAAGUAGCACGUGCAACUAAUUCAUGUAAAAUGAAUAAGUCUCACAUAAAUCUGAAAGAUAAUGUGAAAGAUAGGGACGUAGAAAUACCUACGCAUUGCAAAACUUCGGAUAAUAUUGAUAACGCUAAUAAAUAUUGUACGAAGAGAGUUUUAUUUACAAAUGAUAAUAAUAAAAAAUAUGGAAAACUUAAUAAACUAAAAGAAAGAAAGAAAGAAACGUGCUCUAAUAUGAAAGUUAUUAAAGAUAAAUCCUAUGUACAGAAUAAAGGAGAUAUUAAUGAGAUUUGCAAUAAUCAUAAUACAACAGAAUCGUUUGUAUUAUGGGAAAAAGCUUGUAAGACAUCGGAUAAAUUGCUUCCGAGGAGAAGUCAUUCAUUUUCGGAAUUGAAUUUCAUUGCUGAAAAUUAUACGGGAGAUGAUGAAUACUCGACAAGUUUUAAAACUCUUGAUAAUACAUACAUGUCUGAUAUUGGAUUUGAUCCAAAUGAUAAAAGUUUAUUCCAAAAAAAAUAUUCCAGAUAUAGAAGUCAGUCUUGUGAUAGUCUUUUGAGAGAAGUUAAACAUUUACCUCAUAUUUUGUAUGACAGAUUUUUAAAGUGUUUAGCAAAAGAAAUUGAAAUGAUUAGAAGGCAAAAUAUUAUAUGUACAUGCCCAAAUUUAAAUCAAAAACAUUCAAACAAAGAAAAUAGCGGAAGAAAUUCAAGAUCUAAUAUGAUUACUCCAAUGAUUAAAAUUUCAAAUGAAAAAGUUGAAAAAACUAAAUCUUCAUUUAAAUCCUCACCAGUAAAACUAGUGACAAAUACAAAUCACAGUAAAUUAUCCGUAGAAAAGUUGAAAAAUCUAUCCCAAGAUCUUCGCAAGUUAAGCGCAAAAUCUAUAAAUAAAAUACCAACUACACCAACAAAGAAGUAUAAUAUGAGUAAAUUAUCACCGGAGCCUUUAAAAAAUCUACCUCAAGAUGUACACAAACUAAGUCCAAAGCCUUUAAAUAAAACACCAACUACACCAUCUAAGAAACGUGGAUUAUAUUCUUGGCAAAAAGAAAUAGUUUCACCAGUUGGCGAGUACAUAAGAGGUAAAAGGCAAAGUCCUUUUAAAACUUCUCCAAAUAAGAAGAAAUAAAAAAUUAAUUUAAUUUUGUUAGUAGUACAAAUACAAAGUGAUAAAAUGUGCAAGCUAAUAUUUUAUAUUUUUAAUUAUUCGUUUUUCUAUUUUAACCAAAUUUUAUAGUUUAUGC